GGAAGGGGCGGGGCGAGGGUGUUUGGGUCGCUGGGAUUAGACAGGUGGCAGCCCUCGGCCGACCUGCCCCUCCCCCGAGCUGAGACCCGCCCCCCCCCGGCUCCGUGUCCCCGGCGGGCGGGGAAGCGGCAGCCCGGCCGGAAGCGGGGCCAUGGCGCGCAGCGAGACGGAGCCGCCGGAGCAGGCGCCGCUGGGCCGCUGGGAACGGGAGCAGGCCCAGCUAAAGGCAAAUGUGAUUGAGGAGGACACUGAGGAAUGGCAGAAAAAUUCCACCUUUGCAGGACUGGAGAGAGUGGGAGGGGCGGACCUGUCUUAUGUCAAAGGAAACGACACAAUCGCCUGCGCGUCCCUGGUGGUUCUCAGCUACCCAGAUCUUGAGGUGCUAUAUGAGGAUUGCCAGAUGGUAACCGUGAGUGCCCCCUACGUGGCAGGAUACUUAGCUUUUCGAGAGGCCCCUUUCCUGGUGGAAGCUGCUCAGAGACUUCAGGAGCGAGAGCCUGGGCUCAGGCCUCAGGUGCUGCUCGUAGAUGGGAAUGGCGUACUCCAUCACAGAGGGUUUGGUGUGGCCUGCCACCUGGGGGUGCUGACGGGCCUGCCCUGUAUUGGUGUGGCCAAAAACCUCCUGCAGGUCGAUGGCCUGGCCAAGGAUGAGCAGCACAAGGGGCAGAUCCGCGACCUGCAGAUGGGAGGAGACGUAUUCCCUCUGAGGGGCACCUCUGGGAGAGUCCUGGGCAUGCCCCAAAGCUCUGGUCUGUCCGGUUUCCAACCCUCCAGGCCCUGCGCAGCUACAACAAGAGCACGAAGCCCAUCUAUGUCUCCGUGGGCCACAAGACGUGCCUGGAGUCAGCAGUGCGCCUGGUCCAGUCCUGCUGUAGGUACCGGAUCCCAGAGCCCAUCCGACAGGCUGACAUCAGAUCCAGAGAGUACAUCCGGAAGCACCUGUCCUCCCCGCUGGGGGGCACGUCUCCUGGGCCAGGGAGGAAGGAAGAGGCUGAGCCCAAGCAUUAAUUUGGCCCCAGGAAGACACUGCCCAGCCCCAGUGUGAACUUGAGCCUUCCACCCCCUCUGGGAUCAGAGCUCCGAGAAGUCUCUACAGGGCACCGUGACUGACCGUCCACGCCAGGAACUCAGGGUACUUCAUGAGGUGAAACGCCAGGAUGACCAGAGAUAAGGCAGGAGACGGCUUCCCCCUGGGCUCUGCUAAUGGGGCAGGAGCCCCAGUCUUUGAUGGUUUGUAAACUCUAGAGAAUGUUUUAUAUUCCAAUUUUGAAAACACACGCUGUAAAAAUAAAUUCUCCCCAGCACUC